AUGCAGCUUUUGCAUAACAAAAAAAAGCCAUGGACACAAGCCGAGAAAAAUGUUGCCACAUCUAUAUAUUUUAAAUCCCCAUCAACAUAUAGGUUUAUGAGAAGAAAUAAGAUAGUUUUACCUGGAGUGACUUCUAUUCAGCGAUGGCUUAAAUCGUUGAUGUAUUUACCAGGUUUUGUAACAGAAUAUAAUUCUCAAUUGACAUUAAUGUCUAAAGUAAUGACUGAGCAAGAAAAAAAAUGUGUAGUGUUAAUUGAUGAAAUGUCAAUAAAAACAUGUCUGGAGUAUAAUAAAUCAUUAGAUUUCAUUGAGGGCUAUGAAGAUCUAGGGCAUUUGGGUCGAUCAGAAAAGUCUGCAAAACUUGUUCUUGUUGUAAUGAUACGUGGACUUUAUAACAAAUGGAAACUACCUUUUGCUUACUUUAUUAGUAGUAUUGGAGUCACAGGUGAUCAAAUGGCCAACAUUGCAAGAACUAGCAUUGUGAAACUAUGUGAAAUUGGAUUUUCACCAAGUAUAAUUACGUGUGAUCAAGGUACAAGUAACCGCAAAAUGUUUUCCUUGCUGGGAGGGACUCCUGAAAAUCCAUAUACAGUAAUUAACAGCAAAAAAAUUGUCUUAAUGUAUGAUAUUCCUCAUUUGAUGAAAAGCGUUAGAAAUAAUCUGCUUACAGGAAAUAUCAUACUAACAACAAAUGAAGGCGACAAAAAAAUAUGUUUCAAUGAUUUCCGUGAAACAUAUAAAAUUGACUCAUGUAGCAAAACGACAAGAGCAAUGUGUAAAAUUGAUCAACGGCAUUUGUAUCCGAACCCAUGGCAGAAAAUGAGUUGCAAACUAGCUUUACAAGUCUUCAGCAACACCGUCAGUGCAGCAAUGAAAACUGCCAUUGAAACCGGUGAAUUAGUUUCUUCGACAGCACAAGACACAGCAAAUUUUUUCCUCCAGUUAAACAAUCUAUUUGAUGUCCUGAAUAGCAAACAUUUAUACGAUAAAAACCCAUACAGAAAACCGCUUAGUGAAAAAAAUUUAAAGGGCUUCUCAAUUAUUUAUGAAGCAUUGGAAAUGUUUAAAAAUAUUAAAAAACAAAGUUUUAAAAAUAAGUCAAAUGCCAAAGAUAAUAUCCCACCAUGCUUCACUGUGUUUGUUUGGUCUUUGAAUGCAGUAUUGGAACUUUAUGAACAUGAAAAAAGUACAAAUCCAUCACCAAUAAACUUCUUCCUUUUGAUAAAUAGACUGUGUAAAGAUGCACUCGAAAAUCUAUUUUCAAUUUUCAGACAACGCUGCGGGUACAAUAGAAAUCCAACUAGCAAAUCAUUCAGAUGUGAUUUUGCAAGUAUUUGUUCCUUUAGUCUUUUAAAUUGUGCAUCUGAAAAAUCAAAUUGUGAGGAUGAUGAAGACAAUUUUUUAACACCAGAAAUAUUAACUGACUUACUCAUUGAUGAUACGCCACAGGAUAAAGAUAUGGACGUUCCAAAAACUACUUUUAUAGCCUCUUCUAGUGAUUCAGAAGAUACAUAUGAUUGUACAGAAAAUAAAUCACUACCAAUGUCUUCUGUGUCAUUAGAAAAAUGUAAAAUAAACACAUUUAACCCAAAAUUUAAAUACCAUAAUUUAAUAGGUAAAUUAUGA